AUCACUGUGUCACCAUCAUAGACUCGAUCAAUUUUCAUGUCUUAAUCUCAACUUCUGUUUUACUACUUCAACUGUAACAAUUCAGAGUUACUAAGUAUCAUAAAAACAACUUUUCUUUCGUUAAUUUGGCAAUUUCAUCUUCUUCAAAAGUUCAAGAUUUUUCUUCUGAUUUUUAACCCUUGAUUCGUUUGCAUUGUAUCUGAGAAACCCUGAAAAUUUUCUAGUGAAAAACAGAGUUAUGGAGAACAAGAUAUAUGUAGCAGUUGGAAAAGAUGUUGAAGAAAGAGAAUUUAUUCUAAAUUGGGCUUUAAACAUUUCAGAAGGGGAGACCAUUUGUGUAAUUCAUGUUCAUAUUCCUUCUGAAAUCAAUUCUAUGCCAUAUAAUUAUAAUGGUUCUGAAGCAUCUCAGGAAUGUGAAAGAAAAGAGGUGGACAACAUGCUAGAUGACUGUCUUCGAAUCUGUGCCCUUAAACAGGUUCCUUCUGAAAAAUUAUAUAUAGAGAAAGAGUCUAUUACUGAUGGAAUUUUGGAACUCGUAUCUCGAUUGAGGAUAACAAAACUGGUGAUGGGUGCAGGAGCUAGCAAUAAAUAUUCGAGGAGAAUCACAAAACCCUUAUCAAACAAGGCCAAUUAUGUGCUCCAACAUGCUCCUGAUUUUUGUCACAUAUGGUCUGUACGCAAGGAUCCUCUACUCACUACAAGGGAAGUUGUGAAGCAGCCAAGUCCAAAUGUUGAAGGGCUACCAUUACAUGUUUCUGAGGAUGAUGAAUCUGAUGCAGGUAUACUUAGUGGGGAAUUAGAUAGAUUCAGCCGUUCAGAUUUUGGUGGCUAUGGAGGAAGUUCUGAUGGAUUUGAAUCAUCUGAUCAGUCACCAAGAGUUAAUUUUUUUCAGUCCUCAACCCACUCUACACAAGCUGAAUCAGCUUUUAGUUCACCUCAAUUAUCAUUUGCAAGAGAUGAAGUCAGCGAAUCUGGUCUGGAGUUGUUGGCUCUGCCUCAGACAAAGAACUUACAUAAGGAGGAAAGCAAUUUGAUUAAUGAUCUGUAUGAUCAACUUGAACAAGCCAUAACAGAGGCAGAAAAUUCAAAGCAAGAAGCGUUUGAUGAAUCAAUUAGGCGUCGAAAAGCUGAGAAAGAGGUUCUGGAAAUAUCUUGCAAGGUAAAAGCUACCCAGAGAUUGUAUUUUGAGGAAUUGAGACAAAAGGAAGAGACAGAGGAAGAGCUGUCUGAGAGGAAUAAGGAACUUGAAGUCACAAAGGACCUGCUGGAAAAGGUCUCACGGGAACUCCAUCAGGCAUUGGAUCAGAAGUCUUCUCUGGAAAGCAAAUUUAAAAAUCUCUCUCUCUCGGAAACGGAGAUGUUAGAGAAACUAUUGUCUGCAGUGGACUUGUUACAGUUGUACAAGAAUCGCCGUGAUGAAUUGCAAGUAGAAAGGGAUCAUGCUUUUCAAGAAGCUGAAGAGUUAAGAAAAGAACUUGUUGGGAAACCAUCAAGCUCUCAUGCACCCAUGUUCUUCUCUGAAUUCUCCUUCUCAGAUCUAGAGAAAGCUACUAACUACUACGACCCUUCGUUAAAAAUUGGGGAAGGUGGGUAUGGAAGCACAUACAAAGGCUUCCUCCAUCACACAGAAGUGGCAAUAAAGAUAUUCAAGCCUAACACCAGUCAUAGUGCUCAAGAGUUUGAACAAGAGGUGGAUGUUUUAAGCAAGCUGAGGCAUCCAAACCUAGUAACUCCGAUUGGUGUCUGUCGUGAAUCUUGGGCUCUUGUAUAUGAGUAUUUUCCCAAAGGAAGCCUUGAGGACCGACUCAUCUGCAAAGAUAACACUCCUCCACUACCAUGGCAAAUAAGAAUCCAAAUAGCCACGCAAUUAUGCUCCGUCCUCAUUUUCCUUCAUUCGAGCCAACCUAGCAGCAUAAUCCAUGGGGAUCUAAAUCCUGCAAAUAUACUUCUAGAUGACAAUUUGGUGUGCAAACUCUAUGAUUUUGGUAAAAGUUGUGUAAUCUCAGAUGACAGAGUCUCAAUGGAACAAACAACUAGAUUCAUAACCUCUGAACUACGGGGCACUUUCACAUACAUAGACCCAGAGUUUCUUGCAACUGGAGAACUUACACCAAAGUCAGACAUCUAUUCAUUUGGGAUUAUAUUGUUGCACUUAUUGACUAGUAAACCAGCCUUUGGAAUAGCAAAGGAAGUGGAAUAUGCUCUGGACAGUGAUGAUUUCAGUGCGACAUUGGACCCAUCAGCUGGGGACUGGCCUUUUCUCCUGGCUGAGCAGUUGGCCCGCAUGGCUUUGAGGUGCUGUGACAUGAACCCAAGGAAUCGCCCUGACCUUGGAUCAGAUAUAUGGAGGGUUCUUGAACCCAUGAAAGCUUCAUCUCAACCGUUAUCUACACUUCUGCUGGCUUCUGAGAACCAGGCACCACACUAUUUCUUAUGUCCCAUCUUCCAGGAAAUGAUGGAGGAUCCACAAAUUGCUUCAGAUGGCUUUACAUAUGAAGCAGAGGCUAUCAGAGGCUGGCUAGAUAGUGGCCGUCAAACUUCACCUAUGACUAAUGUGAAACUUGCAAACAACGACCUUAUUCCUAACCGGGCUCUUCGCUCUGCAAUUCAAGAAUGGCUACAGUAUCAACGCAAGGUGGAUAUUUUAAGCAAGAUGCGGCAUCCAAACCUAGUAACUCUAAUUGGUGUCACCAUGAAUAUUGGGCUCUCAUUUAUGAGUAUUUGCCUUGAGGACCAAUUAUAGAGCACUCAUCCACUAGCCAGGCAGCUAUGCUCCGUCCUCGUCUUCCCCAUUCAAGCCAACCUAGCACUGAGCAGCAAUAUUCAUGGUAAUUUACUUUAAAGCUGCAAAUAUACUACUAGAUGACAAAGAAGAAAGAGGCAAAGUCACAUUAUAUUGAUAAUAUGGAGCAUUUGCAUAUUACUUCCUGUAUAGAGAGAUGGAGUCGCUAUCAAUUGUUAUGCAUGUAAACUUGACCAAUUCUUGAGUGACAUAAAAAAUAAAAUAAGAGGCAUAAAUUCAUUAUAAUAAUAUCAGCUUUAUUACAUUUUUUAAUAGAAUAUCAUUGAUAUUUAAUAA